AUGAAACAAGCAAGUGGUUAUAUCGCUGGCAUGUUGUUCGCUUUAGCUUGGUGGAUAUUUAUUGAUGGUCUAGUAACCAAUAUCAAUUUACCUGAUCGUCAAGUUAUUCCUGGCAUAGAAGAUUGGGUUCCUGGUCUCAUUACCACUAUUGGCUUGAUCCUGGUCAGUGUGAUUGAUAAAAAUAGUUUGUCAGGCACCAAUGCUGGGGACUAUUUUGAUGAAGAUUUUGUUUGGAAAGUGAGAUUAUUUUUAUUCUUUGGAUUCGCCAUGUUAGCAGGAGGAUUCUCAGGCUCCGUUGCCGUGCUAACGACAAAGUACAAUGAUUCAGCAAAUAUCUGGGAGCAGUAUUUGGGUAUUGCUCUAGUCAUUCAGUCCUCAUUGAUUCUUAUUAGUACGGCUAUAUUAUGGCUGAAGCAAACCUCGCAUCAUGACGGAUAUACCGCCUUAUAG